UCUUCAGUUUUAUCGCCGCGAUUUUGUUUCUUUUCAAAAGAGAAAAUAAAAAAAUGAAUCAUUUGGAGUCACCAAUUUAUCAUUAGUUUGUUUUCUUCUCAGCCUUUUGACUCAAUUUAUGUGAAUUAAAUUGUUCAACAAUGAGAUUAACUUGCUCUCUGUCUAAGUGGAAAGGAGCCUUUAUUGGUUAUAUUCCGAAGUAUCCUGGAUCUUUGACCUCAGGGAAAACGCGAUGGGUUCCGCCAGUUCGAACAGGUCAUAAAGUUGAUUUUUUCUAUGAAUUAUCAGGCACCCAAAGAGCAAUGAAUGUCUUAGCCAAACCUUACAUAACAAAGGACCAAGAAACGGCCUAUUUGCAGCAUGUCGGCAAAGCGAAACCUGAUUAUUGGGACGAUUUCAUGUGGAAAACACAUGUAGUGCCACCGAAACACCGAUAUGCAGCUCAUUUCAUCGCUAGUUUGGAUCGAACUGCUAAAUUUGAAGAUGAAGAUUGAAUCAUUAAAAUUCAUUGAACAAAUGUAACGUGACUGCAUUUAUCACGAAUUUAGCAAACCAAUUAAAAAGCAUUUGUAAAUAAAAGAGACACCAUUCAGUAGAA